AGUUCAUCAGCUCCCACUUAGUCUUACCAUCUCUAUAUAUUUGGUAUCUAUAUCAUCGUAUUUGGUAACAAGCAACAACAAUGGCAAACCAUCUCCAAGAUCCCUUAACCACUUCCCCCAAGGAAGAGCAACAUUUCGACGAAGAAACAGUGAGCUUGCAAGCGGAGAAGAUCUUGUACACUACUGGCUUCCCUAUGGUUUUCAAAACGGCCUUGGAACUUGGCGUCAUCGACACACUUGCUGCUGUAGACGAAGGCGUGUGGCUCUCGUCUUAUGAGAUUACACUUCGUCUCCCAACCAAACCCAAGAACCCGCACGCAGCGACUAUGUUGGACCGGAUGCUCUCAUUACUUGUUACUCACUCAGUCUUAAAGUGCCGUACGGUUGAAACGGGAAACAACGGUCAAACCAGAAAAUCCGAGAGAGUUUAUGCAGCUGAACCGGUUUGCAUGUUUUUCUUGAACCGUGGCGGCGGCUCCGGUUCUCUUGCGACUAUGUUGAUGGUUGGCCUAAGCGAAGACUUUCUCAAGACUUGGCCGCAUCUCAAAGAUAUGAUAUUAGAAGGAACGGAUGCAUUCACCGCUUCGCAUGGCAUGAAACUUUUUGAAUACAUUGGUUCAAACAAACGGUUCGGUGAGAUGUUUAACCGGUCAAUGUUAGAAGUUUCUACCAUGACCAUGAAUAGAAUUCUACAAGUAUACAAGGGAUUCGAAGAUGUAAACACUUUAGUGGAUGUGGGAGGAGGAUAUGGACAAGUCAUAGGUUUAGUGACUUCCAAGUAUCCUCAUAUUAAGGGCAUCAACUUCGACCUAGCCAAGGUCAUAACCAAUGCUCCUCUUUAUCCAGGAGUGGAGCAUGUUUCAGGAGAUAUGUUCAAAGAAAUUCCAAAAGGAGAUGCCAUCUUCCUGAAAUCGAUACUACAUGAUUGGAGCGACGAAGAUUGUGUAAAGAUUCUAAGAAAUUGCUGGAGAAGUCUUCCGAACAAAGGAAAAGUGAUACUAGUCGAGCUUAUUAUGCCGGUGGAACCAAAGAUGAACGAUACUCCUUCUAACAUUGCAUUUGGUAUGGACAUAUUCAUGUUAACACAAUGCUCAAAUGGUAAGGAGAGGUCAUUUCCACAGGUCGAGACUCUUGCCUUAGAUUCGGGUUUUAUUCGUUGUAAAAUCAUUUGUCAUUCCUAUUCAUAUUGUGUUCUCGAAUUACACAAAGAGGUUCCAGAUUUCUCCAACGAGAAGUAAGAUUCAUCAUAAAGCAUGAGGUGAAGUAAAUGGAGUGAUGUCUGAUAAAGUACGAUGUCUGAUUGCAGUAGCGUAUGAUGUAUGAUGUGGGAAGUAAGAAUAAAAUAUGUGUAAAAUAAGUUAAAAAUAAUAUGCUAUGUAAUAUUAUUUGAGACAUGUAUUAUACACCAAGCUUGGCGAGGAGAUAUCAUCGGAAGCUUGAGUGUCUAAAAUUCUAAAAGGUGUUUGUAAUCUUUUGAGUGUUUUUUAAUAAUAAAAAUUUUGUUUUGUUUUGAAAAA